AUGCAAGAAAGCAACAAUUCAGCAUGUGAAUUUGCUUAUCAACUAACAUAUCACCCGAUUUAUCGAGCUGCUCAGCUUUGGUCAUUACUUGCUUCAUUAAUUUCUAUAUCGGCGCUGAUAUUUUUUAUUUUAAGAAAAAUAUUAAUUCUACGUUUUCAUGGGAAUUUGAAAUGCCUACUUUUGGUUUAUUUUAUAUGCAAUUUUUUGUAUUCAAUGGCGAUUUGUUUUGCAUUUUUCUACCAUUUCUUCGUUCCAUUUUUCAUAACCUCCAAAUGUCAAUUAAUAAUCAAUAAUACAUUAUUAAAAUGGGGUCAAAUUUCGGCAAUGAUUGUGAUGACGUGUUCAAUGCUUAUUCCUGUCGGAUUUUCGCUUGAACGCUUUGUUGCUCUGGGAAGAGCCAAACAUUAUGAACAAACUCAAGUGUUGCUGGGGCCUGUUAUUGUGGCUAUAAUUAUCGCAAUAGAUUUUUCAAUUAUCUUCGCCGUCUAUAAAGAUGAACCAUUUACCGAUCAAUUCUACUCAUUUAUAAUACUUCCAUCAUCAUCGGCAAAGCAGCUAUACGUAUUUCUUCGCAUUAUAUUUGUAAAAAUAUUAAACCUAUUUCUAAACUGUAUACUAUUACGUAUUCACAAGAAAAUUAAAAUCAAAUGCUACACUCUGACAAUCCGCUAUGAAAUGGAAGAAAUUCUUCAAUCUUCGAAAUUCACAUUUAUUAUCAGCUUCGCUCAUUUGCUAUUAUUCGAAUUUUCUGUAACAGUGACAAUAUUUGUGAGAACUAUGGGAGAGUCAUUUUUCAAUGGAUCUCUAAAUUAUGCAGUUGCUCGUGGUGUAUAUUGCUCUUUUCCGACUUACAGCUUGAUUAUAGUCUUUAUUGGUAUCAAAUCUCUGCGACAUUUAAAUUCCCAGAGACUUAAUAGAGUGCAGUCAACUGUGCAGAUUGCUUCGACUGGGAGAGAAGGAUCUAAAAAUUAUGAAAAUGUGAUUUCUAAUUAUUGGGAUUCUGUAUCGACUAAGAAUCGUAGAAUAAAAUAA